AUGUGGGAUUCUACUCCUCCUCGCACUCCUCUGGAGGUCACCUUCGAGGACAGCGACUCCGAGCCUGGCACUAUUACGCCUGACUACGACGCCAUGUCUCCUGUCGUUGCUCACCUCGAGAAGCUUGCUGUUACUCACGAGGAUGAGAAGAUUGAGGACUCCACUACUUCCAAGUACGAGCCUUCUCUCGAGAGCAACACUUCUGUCGGGGAUGAUUCUCCUCCCGAGUCACCCAUCGAGGCUUUCCUCCCCCGACCUGACACUCCCCAUCAAAGCCACUGCCCUUUGAACCCCGAGGGAAAGAUCACUGUUCGAAAUGGCCAGGCUUACACAAGCGACGAGAUCAAGUUGAUGUAUCUGUCGGUCGCCGAAGCCCGACACAACGGAGAGCUUCCUGCCACCACAGAGACUUCUCUCGACGUUCAUGCUGUCACCGACGACUUCAACUCGCUCGUUCAUCUUCGACGUGUUCGCGGUAACCAUCUUGAGCAUGCUCCCCCUUCGUAUGUUCACCUCCGAGAGCAAAUUGCCUUGGGUAUCCAACAGCGUGCCGCCUCUCAGCACCGCGAUAACCAGCAAGAAGCCGCUCGUCGUGUCAACCACUACCUUCAGGCUGUUGAGCAUGAGCAACGCUACUACAACGCUUCUAACGCCAUGGUUCGUCGACCCAUUGAGCAUGGUUUCAUCAACGUCGACGAUGACAUGUGCUCCAUGGUCGAGCACACUAUUGAGCAGGGCAUUGCUGACGCUACCGGGCCUCUUCGCAUGAAUGUUGGUAGAUUCUCUGCCAAUGUCGAACAGCACACUGGUCUUCUCAAGCAGCAGAGCAAUUUCAUCCAAGCUCAGGAGUAUGCUGUUGAGAAGCAAGUGCUUCUCGCUGCGAAACAGAAGUCACUGGCUGAGCGCCUCAGUGCCACUCUUCAGCAAAAUGCCGGUAUUCUCCAGCAUCAGGGCAACCUCACGCAGCAUCAUGCCGGCAUGCUUCAACAUCAGAGUAACAUUGUCCAGCGACAAGACAGCCUCACUGAGCACCAUGCUGGUAUCCUUCAGCGACAGGACAGUCUCACGCAGCAUCAUGCUGGCAUGCUUCAACACCAGAGUAACAUUGUCCAGCGACAGGAUAGCCUCACUGAGCGCCAUGCUGGUAUCCUUCAGCACCAGAGUCACGUCGUCCAGCAACAAGACCAGGCUCUUCAGAAGCAGUAUGACCUUCUCCAGAACCAAUCCUUCUCUCUUCGCAAGGAAAGCCGUUUCUUCAAGAAGCAAAAUGACGCUCUCGAGAAGCAGAACCAAGCCGUGCGAGAGCAGCUCAAGAUCCAGCAUGACCACAUUGCUCGCAUGCAAGACCUUCUUGAGCCUCAGGCCUACAACAACUACGCCACAGCCCAGAACCUCGCAAGCGCCAACCAGCUUGUCAGCAACCUCUCGUACGAGCUCCCUCAAGUCAUCAAGAAGGCCUUCGAGGACUCCAUUGAGGAGACUGCUCGAAUGCACGCCCGCCAGGCUCUUGAGUCUGCUGUUGAUAUCUGGCAGCAAGGUAUUCCCUACGGUAUGUCUGCGAACGAGAGCGUGUCCUCAAGCGACACGACCGUUGACGCCUACGACAAGCCCGAACUCAACACCCAGAUUUGGGCCGCUUACAAGAAGCCCGAGAAGAAGAAGGCUACCACUGACGCCGAGUUCCCUGAGCGAAGUGAACGAUCUUCGCUCUACCGCAUGGUCAGCAAGUUCAAGCGCCGCCGCAUUGCGCACAACUAG